AUGCGCUGCAGCUACCCAAGACCCCCAGCAAAGCGCUCGUAUACUCCUGAAAUUGUCUGGGACGAUGAGCCGUUACGAGAGGACUCACCUUUCUCCGAUUACAAUCAACUACCACAGGUUGAGCAAACACCAUAUUUAGAUUCUGCGUUUGAUACCGCGAGAGCUGUCCAAUUCCUAGCGCCCAGGAUAUUUCGCGACAUCCAGCUCGAAAUCCCUCGCCUAGAAUUUCCAGUACCUAGUGAUGUUACGGCUCACGUCGGAGACCCUCAGCAAAUCCGCGACAUAGCGGCCGUGUUGUUUUCCCAGAACGCCUCAUGGUUGCCAAUAGUUUGCCGGAAGCGCUUUUUCAGCUCUUUGCUUAACCCACUGUCUCCCCGACAAGCGGAUGGCGUCUUGUUAGCUCUGUGUGUUAAGCUCUACUGUACUACGACGGUUCAUCGUGGAGACAGCCCAAAGACAGCUCUCUACAGAACGGCAAAAAGAUACCACCAUGAGAUCGAGGCCGCGGGCAUCAUGUCCCUACAGGUUCUCCAGGCAACAAUCUUCAUUGCACUGUACGAAAUGGGCCAAGCAAUUUAUCCUGCUGCAUAUUGGACCGUCGGCACCUGUGCCAGAUAUGGCAUUGCCCUUGGUCUGGACCAGCUAAUGACCAACAACACCGGUUUUGAUGGAUCCUGGAUGGAAGUUGAAGAGAAGAGGAGAAGCUGGUGGGGAGUAUUAGCUCUUGAUCGCUUCUUGAACUUUGGAGACCCUUCCAGACAUCUGGCCACAAAUGAUCCCGAGAUCAAUUACUAUCUUCCGAUUGACGACCAGGCUUUCAUAGAAGGAAACACAGCGCACAAAGAUGCUAUUCCGAUAUCAGCCGCAUUCCAUCUAAAGACGGGCAGUUUUGCUCGACUUGCUCAAGCUACAUACCUGACAAGCGAAGCGCUUCGACUAGCAGCAUCUGCCACUCCAUCGAAAGCGAACAAUUCGACGUGUUUGACGGAAGAUACAGCACAAUUGCGCCGUACUCUCGAAGCACAGGUUAAUGCCGCGGAGCAAGAGCACACAGCUCGUAAACUGUCUUUCUGCUGUCAGACAAUGUUUUCUUACUGCGGAAUAUUUUUACUUCAAGAUCAGCAUUGGCAACAGUUUCGCAUCGGCUCGCCGAUAGAUGCAAAUAGCCACACGUUUCCGGAGACUAAGCGGGCUCUUGAAGUCUUGGGACGGUCAGCAUUAGUUCUUCGAAAGGACUUUGAGAAUGGAGGACCUCUAGAAGAGGGCUUGCCCAUCUUCUUCAUGCAGACCGUAUAUCUAGCGGCAAUGAUGGCUAUGGAAAUUGGUCAGGGUAAUCCAGACAAGAAAACUCAAGAGAAGAUUGAGUCUUUUAGAUGGCUUUUAGAGUAUCUUCGAUCGCGCUGGAAAGUAGCCGGACUCUUUACCAUGUCUUCCAACAGUCUCCUGCAGAGCAUCAUCGACGCCAAUGGCGACCUCGAAUACUGGAACUCCGUCCAAUCUCUUUCCGCAAGCUUCCAAUUUCUCGGGCCCGCGUUAGAGAGAAAGGGAUUUCCGGGACCAUAUAAAGCGGAAGUAACAAUUGAUACAAAAUCUCAAAAGGUUGUCUUCAAGGAAUUCGGCGAGUUCCACGGCUCGUGGUGCCCGACGCGGAUUGAAGCUAGCAAAAUCGGCCAAGAUACGCUCGAUGUCCGAGAAAACUUAAAGAGGCCUUCAAUACUCACACCGCAGAAUCAAAAUUGGACAUUCACCAUCUCUUUUGGUUUGUAG